CACGGCACGGACCUGUUGGCGCUUCCGGUUAGAGUUGGCGCAGAAGUUUGAAACAGAGUCGGUGUCCGUGCGAAAGUACCGCGAAUGGACAGCGUGAUCAUCCUCAGCAGUAGCAGCAGCGAAGACGAGUCGGACACGGAGCCCGCCGUCUUUGUUGUGGAGAAGGUGCCGCCAGUACUCCAGCAGGUAGGAGCGGUGGAGGUGGUGGACGAUGACCUGGCGAUCACCUACGCCCAGAAAGGGGCCGUACUUCCCCACGCCCGCUCCGACUGCCCCUCCCACCCUUUCAGGGAGACAUCGGAUGAUGAGUUGGGGAACUUGUCCUUCUGUGAGCAGUGCUUCUGUUAUGUGUGUGAUACACUGGCCUCAGAGUGUCAGGUAUGGAGUACACACUGUAAUGCCCACUCUCACUGUAACGUGUGGAGGACUCAGAGGGAGAUGAGAGCUCUCGGCAUCCUGCACAAGCUGGGAUUCACCAUGGAGGAUAUGGACCAGGAGAUACGCACUGCAGAGAGCCUUCUCCAGAUUUUCUCUCGGAACUUGGCAAAGCACCUCGUGGCUUUCCAGCAAUCAGGACACAGUUCCAGGUCCAUGUUUGAGUGUGUGUCCGCAUUCCUGUCUAAGGCGGAACAAGAGAGUGUGAAGACUGGAGCCGUCAUGAUGCUGGGAGCUGCCCACCUACUCACACACACACUACCUCCUCACAGUGAAGGAUCGCCCGAGUCUUCCGUUGACCCAAAAGAUGACGUCUCUGAAGCACUUUGCCUGCUGUUACACAGAGUGUUUGCGUGGUUAUUGCAGGUGUGUGUCGACAUCACGUUGUCCUCUUCAGUCGUCCAGAAGCUUCAGCGGUCAUGUGCGUUCCUCAAUGUUCCCACCGCCUGUAAAACUGCCUGGCUGCGUGUGCAGGCGGUGCGUGUGUGGGACUGCCCCCUACUGGUCAGUGUGUUGAAGGGGCAGAACGUGAGCGGACGCACCAAGAGGGGCAAGAGUUCCGUCAGCAGUCUCCAGGAGACCGGCGCCGUGGUAACAGAGCGCGUACGCCAGCUACUGCAGCAACACAGGUACAGAGAAGUUGCACGUUACUUGAAAGUGGUGCAGAGUGAGAAGACAUCUGCGAUUCAGGAGUUAAGAGAUCUGGUGCCCCUCUACCUCUGUCAGGCAGGUGAUUUUCAGGCAGCCAAUGAGCAGCUGUUUAGUCCGAUAGGCCACACCUCCUCCUGGCCUGCUGCCAGACUGACUCCGCCCCAACUCCACACCUACCUCAGGGUGUUCACCACAGGUCAGGCCCCGAGACCACACCCCUCAUCUUGGCAGCAUCCAAUGACAGCCUCCCGCUGGGAGCCAAUCAAAGGUGCGUGUGUGCUGAAGGCUUCUCUGGUGGUCAAGUUUGCACUGAGAGUUCUACAUUAUAAUAAGUCAGCCUUCAAUGAUGUGUUGACAUGGGAGAACCUUCUGCUGUUUGUGAGUUCUCAAGCGAGAGCUGAUGGAAGAGUUGAACUCACAGAAUACCUGCAGCCUGAUGCCCAGUACCUUACGAGGGCGCAUGAGAUCAUCAAAUCCAUCUUGACGGACUUGGGGACCUCUCACCUCCAGAUUCCCAAAAGCUUCAUAGGAGUGUACCCCAGGCAGGCUCUUCUCCUAUUGGUCACGGAGGCUUUAGCUCAACGCAUCAGUCAAGUGGGGUUAAGCCCCGCCCUCAAUGUGCUCCUCAACUACAGGGUGAACGUGUGGGCUGUGCGAUGGCUGUAUCAGCGUCUGUCUCCUGAUGCUUCAUCUCUUGUGUUUCUGCUCUCCGCCACUCUAGAGGAUCUGCUGACGCCCCACCCUCAGAGACUGAGUCCAGAGGAGCAUAUCUUCAUCUCUGACUUCCUGUGUCUGUUCUUCCUGGACGGAGCGUGUCCGGUUCCACCCAACACCAGCCUGCUAUUGGCCAACUGGAAUGAGUCUUCUUUUCCCUGGCAGUAUCAUCUCAGGCAAACACUCGAUCACUGGAGAGCUGAUUUAAGUCCUGACAAGUACAACAUACUGCAGAGAAUGAAAGCAGUUGGGACUACCUAUUAAAAUGCACUCGUGCGCACACACACACACACACACACCUGCUUCCUAUACCACACACACACACAAUGUUUCAAUGUUAUAAUGUUUAAAUUCCAGUAAAGAAAACAGGAUUUUUUUAUGUUGUAAAAAGUCUGUACAAAGAGUUCAGUUGUUUAAAAGUAUAUUUACAAAAGUAUACAAAUCCUGUACAUUUUAUUUAGUGAAUGUUGUAAACUAUGUUUAAAAAAAAACUCUGAAUAAAGUUAUU